GCGACGGCCAGUUUGACAGCCUUCCCCUUGUUUCAGUCGGCGGCUCUGGAACGUUCUGACCGCGACUCGGUGAAAACGUUUUAAUCUAAGUCCAUCCUUGGCCGAGCCGCGGUGUUUCAUCUUCGAUUGCAGUCGGUCCCGCUCUGAAGACCUCCUUUAAUAUUUUCCAUCAAAUAUAAAGUCGCGAUGCCAGAAGCCAUGGCUGCACCGAGACCCUCAAACGCAGGCAAAAACAAAGGUGGGGCGUAUGUGGACCGCGACAAGCCGGCCCAAAUUCGCUUCAGUAACAUUUCUGCUGCCAAAGCUGUUGCUGAUGCCAUCAGGACAAGUUUAGGACCCAAAGGGAUGGACAAAAUGAUCCAGGAUGAGAAAGGCGAUGUGACCAUUACCAAUGAUGGGGCCACCAUAUUGAAACAGAUGCAGGUGCUCCACCCUGCAGCCAAAAUGCUGGUGGAGCUGUCCAAAGCUCAGGAUAUAGAGGCUGGUGAUGGCACCACCUCUGUAGUGGUGAUUGCUGGAGCUCUGCUGGACGCCUGCUCCAAACUGCUGCAGAAAGGGAUCCACCCCACCAUCAUCUCGGAGUCGUUCCAGAAGGCUGUGGAUAAGGGCAUCGAGGUGCUGACGGCCAUGAGCCGGCCGGUGGAGCUGAGUGAUCGUGAAACGCUGCUCAACAGUGCCACCACAUCACUUUGCUCCAAGGUGGUGUCUCAGUACUCCAGCCUGCUGGCUCCCAUGAGUGUGGACGCUGUGAUGAGAGUCAUCGACCCGGGCACAGCCACCGGUGUUGACCUGCAUGACAUUAAAAUCAUCAAGAAGCUUGGAGGGACCAUUGAUGACUGUGAGCUGGUGGACGGCCUGGUGCUCACUCAGAGGGUGGCCAGUACUGGUGUAACCCGGGUGGAGAAGGCUAAGAUUGGCCUCAUCCAGUUCUGUCUGUCGCCUCCCAAAACGGAUAUGGACAACCAGAUCGUGGUAUCGGACUACGCCCAGAUGGACCGCGUGCUGCGGGAGGAGCGUGCCUACAUCCUCAACUUGGUAAAACAGAUUAAGAAAGCUGGCUGCAACGUGCUGCUCAUCCAGAAGUCCAUCCUAAGAGAUGCUCUGAGCGACCUUGCUCUGCACUUCCUGAACAAAAUGAAGAUCAUGGUGGUGAAAGAAGUCGAGAGGGAGGACAUUGAGUUCAUCUGCAAGACUAUCGGAACCAAGCCCAUCGCCCACAUUGACCACUUCACUCCAGAAAUGCUUGGCACAGCAGAGUUGGCAGAGGAGGUCAGCCUGGACGGUUCUGGCAAACUGGUCAAGAUCACCGGCUGCUCCAGUCCUGGGAAGACUGUUAGCAUUGUGGUUCGUGGCUCCAACAAGCUGGUGAUUGAGGAGGCGGAGCGCUCCAUCCAUGACGCGCUCUGUGUCAUCCGCUGCCUGGUCAAGAAGCGGGCUCUGAUCGCUGGAGGUGGCGCCCCAGAGAUCGAGCUGGCUGUGCGUUUGGCAGAGUACUCGCGCACCCUCGGUGGCAUGGAGGCCUACUGUGUGCGGGCGUACGGCGAUGCCCUGGAGGUAAUACCCUCAACUCUCGCUGAGAACGCCGGCCUAAAUCCCAUCUCCACGGUGACGGAGCUUCGCAACAGGCAUGCACAGGGAGACAAGAUGGCUGGCAUCAAUGUCCGCAAGGGAGGGAUCUCCAACAUCCUGGAGGAGCUGGUGGUGCAGCCUCUCCUGGUCUCCGUCAGUGCGCUGACCCUGGCCACAGAAACCGUCCGUAGCAUUCUCAAGAUCGACGACGUGGUCAACACUCGAUAAGUCUGCCCCGUGAGUCGCGUCAUGAAGUGGCUUGUUUGUCGACGGAUGGCGGAUCCUGCCGGCUUCAGUCUGCUCAGAUUUCCACUGUAGUUGCUACGUUGCCUAUUUAAUAAAAAAAGGCUUUUGUUGUUGACACUC